GCGUAUUUUAGGCUGUAAUAAUCGUUCCGAUCGUUUGCGACGGAAAGGCCGCCCUAAAUUCCUCCUUUUUGGCAGUAUCGAUUCGGGUAGAAAUGAAAGCGAGGAAGACGAACUAGAACGCAGUCAGCGCAAGAACAAUUGCCGGAGUACCGCCGGAGAGUUUGCGAUGGCGAGUUUCUGGAGAGCAGUUAUGGGAUCAUCGACGGAGCCGGAUGCCCUAACCGACGGGGUGGAGUUCUGGUCGAAUCCGGAGCGCGGGGGGUGGCUCACGAAGCAGGGCGAGUACAUCAAGACAUGGAGGCGGCGUUGGUUCGUUCUGAAGCAGGGGAAGCUCUUCUGGUUCAAGGAUCCUGUUGUCAACCGUUCAUCGGUCCCCCGUGGCGUCAUCCCCGUGGCCUCAUGCCUUACCGUCAAAGGCGCCGAAGAUGUCAUCAAUCGGCAAUUUGCGUUUGAGCUCUCGACCCAUCGGGAGACGAUGUAUUUCAUUGCUGAUUCGGAGAAGGAGAAGGAGGAGUGGAUUAAUUCUAUCGGCCGGUCCAUAGUCCAACACUCCCGCUCCAUCACCGACCGUGAAGUCGUUGAUUAUGAUAGCGCUCGGGCGGCCGAAGCAUCCAGACAGUAGAUCUGAUCCUGUUGAGGAUGAAUCAAUCCCUUUGUUUUGGUACUAGAAUGUUGUUCGACUCCCUUGGCUUGGUGAUGCCAACAUAGUGUUUAUAUAAUAUUGAAGGUUCCUGGAGAGAAGGCUUCCAAGAUAGGAAAAUGGUGAAGGGCUGAUAAAAUUGCUUAUAAAAUUGAAGGAACAGAAUACUGAGAGAGACUUCCUGUAGUAAAAAGAUGAACAAAGAAUUUCAUAGCCUUACUCUGGGCAGUUGUGAAAAGCUUUAUGGCUGAAAAUGAAUGUCAUUAAGUGG